AUGGAAAACACCCAAGAAAAUUCAAGCAUUGAUGCAAAGUCAAAAAAUUCUUCGAAUCCAGAGCCUAAUAAAUCAAAACCACAGCCAAAAGAAGUACUAAAGCAGAGGCUUAUGUUUGCAGUUUUAUCUGUAUUAAAUAAGCAAUGCAAGGUCAUUACGAAGUCAGGGAAAAGCCAUCAAGGGCGUUUACAUAGUUACACAUCUGAGGGAGCUUGCUUGCUAGAUUGCAAGUCUGAAGACGGAAUUAUGCCGAAACAAAAAUUUUUGAUGAGUGAUAUUUUAUCACUUGAGUUUAAGGGCAUUUCAGUAAUUUCCUAUCGAAAAUUUAUAAUUAAUAUGGAAAAAUAUGUUUAUGACACAACAUACGUUUGGGGUUACAAAAUCAAGCCCAGACACUUAACCCUAACCCUUAGCACGUCGAGCAGCCUCGUAGGGUGGGUAGCUUCUUGCAAAGUUUAUAAUGAUUGCCAGAUCAGUUAUUAGCUAUACGGGUUAUUUUAAAUCACAGUCUGCUACUUUUUUUCUGUGUCCCCACUCUCUUAAUUGCCGAAAAAGAGCGUCGAGCCCGCCUGUGCUCAUAGGACCCUAUGGCAUAUAAUAGAGGAUUUCUCGAUCUAGUCAACACUCUUGUGUCGUAAGAUAUAAGACUCACCCCUAGAGAAGGCCACUGUUCAAAAUAGGGUCCGUCUCAGCUAGCAAGCUAACAUGAUCGAAAAAUGUGGUGGCUUCAAAUCUGGAGAGUCUAAGCCCUUUAAUCUUAAUCUUAACGUUCCCGAAAAUUCAAGACAGAUAAAGAAAUUUCAAGAGCAAGGACAAACAAAGAAAGAGAAUUAGAGAAGUUUGAAUGUGAAGGCGAAGAAGAUAUGCUGGAACAAAACAAUACUAAAGGCUGAAAUCAGUUCGAAUUCAAUGAAAAAAAUUUUGGUGUCAAAAGUACUUAUGAUGAGAAAUACUACACAACAAGCUUGGUGAGUGAGCACGAAUUGACUGAAGAACAAAUUAGGAGAGCUCGCAAAGUUGAGAUGGAGCUAGAAGGAAGCAAGGGGGAUGAAGCAUUAGAAGACGAUGAAGAGGCCAUGUUUGGAGCUGUCCGUGGAUCCGGGAGAUACAAAAAUGAAAAAAAAUCAAAAAAUAAGAAAAAUAAGCAGAAUGCACAGGAAAAAAGCGAAAGUCAACCUGCAGAAAGUCAAAGCCCAACCCAAACCUCGGGUGGAAAUUUAGGCCAGAACUCAAUAGUCACAGGAACUCCUAAAGACCAUUACAAACAAGUCAGAAAGGAGCUCGUUCAGCCAAAGCUGGAGAAAUAUUCAAAUGUAGGCGAAUCUGUAGGAUCACUCAAUUUAAUACUUGCAACACCUGAGCUCCCAGAGGAAGUGAAAGAUGAGUUUUCUAGGUUUAAGAGAUCCAAAGAAAAGAGCAUUUCUAGGGAAGAAGUUGCAGAAAGCUUCAAGGAUUUUUCGAAAAAGCUUGAUUCGAAAAUAAGGACUUGGUCAAGAGUAAGAGUUAUUUACUCUCCCCCUGUAAGAGAGUAAACUAAGGUAGCUGAUAGAUGUUUAAAAAUUAAUAGAAUCAACUGGAUUUCAUUGUCAUAAUUAUUAAUUAUAUAUCAAAUUUUGGAGAAAUUGCUAGAUAUCUUUUGGAAAAUUAUUUGCCUAGUAAAUAGGCAAUAUAAGCUAAGUUAUUGCUAUAUAUCAAAUUAUUAUUUAUAUCACAUUUUUUUCCUCUUUAAUUUUCCAUAAAAUAGGGGUUUUCUAAUGAUUUUGCUCGCUAUUAAGCUAAGUUAAAAGAUUUAUACCACCAUAAGCGGAAUAACUACUGCCGAUUGCCUUAUUUCGGCUCCAAAAUUCAAUCUCCAUAUAAUUCGGAGUCCAAAGAAGAAAAAUGAAACAGGGCCCUUUUGAAUUUUCGAUCUGAACCACCUUUCAAAGAGACUUCCUCAAGCCUGAAGGCCUACUACAGAAACAAUAUUUACAGUUUUAUUGGAAUGGGUAUUACCUCCAUAGAUAGGAGUGCGCCUCUGAGUCCUAUUUCCAUCAAAAAAUUUUAUUUCUUUCGCUAACUAAGUGUGGAGGAGUUAGAAAAAUAGUGAAAUCACUGAAACAUCAAAAGAGUCAAUUGAAAGCACUAUAGCGUUACCGCUCAAGCCUCCAAGCCUAAUUAUGGGGUAUUUGGAGAAUUGGGCUAGCUCGGAAAGAGAUACAGAAUAUGCGCGAUGGAGCUAA